AUGUCAAUUUUUUUUAUUACAAAUAAUGUAGGACCGGCUCAUUGAUUUCAGUAACACAUUCUGCAGAGCAUUACAACCAACAAUGACUUCGUUGACGGAGUGUUUUUCAUUUGCAAGGAACAAAAACGUAUCAAGAGCUUUAUAUUUAUCAAUGAACAGACAGUACAAACCCCCGGUGUACGUCUGAAGUCUGAAGAACUCUUGGAGCUGUUGAGACAGGAAGGACACUUAUCACUGUGUAUUACUUAUAGUCUAAGUCAAAUUAACAGAGUGUUAUACUUACUAACAGGAUAAUGAUUAACUUGAUACAUUUUGCAGUGUCGUGUCUUUGUUUCGCAGUCUUUUCCCCCAUGAACAGUGCGGAAGAGACAAUUAAUGCAAGCCUUUUUGAUAAAUUCGCGGGGUAUCGCGUCAGAAACCCUGUUACUUCAUUCAUUUUGUCUAGUGGUCAUUUCUCCGAGUGUUGUGUGAGGUGCUUGAAAUACCAAAACUGUUAUAGCAUCAACAUUCACAGAGAUGACCAAAUCUGUGAAAUAAACACUCUAGGUCCAAGCGAGUACGAUAAAAACGGAACUUGGACGUUGUAUGUUAGAACAAACGUUCUCCGAAAUGAGCUAAUGUUCCGGGCUACCCCGGGAGUUAAACUAAGUGUCAAAGACACCUGGCUGGGAAAUACCCUUCCCCCGACCGCUCAAGACACGUGUGUAUCCAUGGAGACCACGUCAUGCUCUUCGCAUUAUCGGAAUCCACGGGUGGACCUCUGGGAAAGUCUAUCCAUUUCUCAAGUUACUCUCGAGUUGUACAAAUACGGAUCUAAGGUGGCGUUCAUAACGUUUGAUGGGAAAGAUUCGAAUAUCAGUGACUGGUUCAGAUCUUCACGCAUUCUGGACAGUAGCUGGAGCGAUGUGACCCCCUCGACCAUCUACAAUUCUUUCUCCAUAAACGGGAACUGCUCAAGAUCAUUCAUUGUCAACAAACACUCCAAUGGUUGCCUCGAUGAGAAAGGAUGGCUGGCAGUUGGGGAGCCCGCAACAGGGUGUUGCCCCUGGGACAUUGUCCCCAACAAACCGAGUUUCCUAUAUUCAGCGGUAGAUGACACCGUAACCUUUGUAAGUGGAUCAACAGAUCUUGGUACAGCAGAAGUCAUGGCAGUUUUUGUGAAUUACAAUUAAGUGUAUGCUAAAGGA